AUUAGGUGAGAGGAAAAGAAAAGAGAACCGUUGACCAAACUAUAGAAGCUGUUUUGUGAAGCAAAAAAAACUAUAGAAGUGUUAAAAGAAACUGUACCCAAUUACUCCAAAGCAAAAGUUCAAACACAGGUAUCCUUCUCUGCAUUUGUGAUUCCCAACAAAGCUAAGUUCAUAUAGCGAGCGAGUAUUUCCUUCUUGAAAAGUCCACUGCAAUAAAGAGUGUGAGUACUUGCAAAGCAAAAGGAACCGUAUUGUGUGUCUAAGGCAAAAGUGCAAACACAAGUAUAUAUCAUUCUCUGCAUAUGUGACAGGGACUGUGAUUCCCAACCAAGCCAAGCUGACAAAGUGAGCAUUUGCUGCUUGAGAAAUCCACUCCAAGAAAAGGUUGCCUUUACGUGAUGAUGGCAGAUGUGAUUGCGAAUAUGAUUGUGAUUGUUGUGACCGUUGCAACUGCAGUGGCGGCGGCUAUAUAUUUGGCAAGACCUAUCCUUAGGCAAUAUCUUUUCCCCAAGCAAAUGAUAAAGGCAAUUGGAAAAUUCAUAGGCAAUAUUCAACCAUUUUCUCGUCUUGAUUCACUACCAGGUAUUCAGUAUCAGGCUGCAUCUGAGGACUUCAUUUAUUUUGGAUCAAGAAAACAGGCUUAUGAUGAACUCUUUAAGGCACUGAAUGAUGAUUCCGUCCAUAUGAUAGGAUUGUAUGGAGAGGGUGGAUGUGGGAAAACAACUCUUGUUACUCAAGUUGGCAAGCAGGCUGAGGAUCGGAAAAUGUUUGAUAAGGUUAUAUUAAUCACUGUGACUCAAACUCCAAAUAUUAGAGCCAUUCAAGGAGAAAUUGCGGAUAUGUUAAAAUUGAAACUGGAGAAACAUAGUGAGAAUGGAAGAGCACAAGAAUUAUGGCUGUGUUUAAAUUCAAAACAAAAGAAGCGAAUUCUUUUCAUAGUAAACAAUUUAUGGGGAAAGUUUAAAUUGAUGGAUAUCGGGAUUCUAUUAGAUGAUGAUAUCAAGAAAACUUUGAAGAUCCUCAUAACCACACCUGAUGAGCGUGUUUGUACAUCAAUGAAAUGUCAAAAGAAGAUUCAUUUGGAGCUCUUGUCCGAGGAUGAGUCUUGGAAUUUAUUCCAAACGUUUGCAGAAAUUGAUGACCAACGCUCCACGGUAUUGAAAGAUGUGCCACGACAAAUAUGCAAUGCAUCUAUGGGACUUCCCUUAGCAAUCAAAAUUGUGGGGUCAUUAUUCAAUGAAAGGGAGGAUAUUGAGUGGCAGCAGGCGUAUGAGAAGUUAGUGGAUUCAAAGGCAUCUGAUGACGAAGAUAAAGCAACUUCUUGCCUUCCAUCUACUAAAUUAAGCUAUGAUCAUUUGCCAACACGAGCAAAAAAAAUCUUUCUAUUGUGUGCUCUUUUUCCAGAAGAAUAUCGCAUCCCAUCAGAAGAUUUGGUGAGAUAUGCACAUGGACUAAGUACGAAUGAAAGAUCAUCGUUAGAGUUAAUGAGGAGCUCGAUGGAGGCAACCAUAAAUACACUUCUAAAAUCUUGUUUGGUGACACGUAGUUCUGUGAAGAUGCAUAACAUAGUUCGUGAUGCAGCCUUAUGGAUUGCAAAUAGAACAGAUGAUUGCAAAAUCUUGGUAAAUGUUGACAAACCGCUUAGCACUGUGGCAGAGGAUAACAGAAUAAGAGAUUGUUUUGCAGUAUCUUCAUGGUGGUUUAAUGAAAAUCCCUCUUUUUGUCAAUUGCAUGCUCCAAAUCUAAAAAUGCUAUUGAUAAAUAUAAGUGCUCAUGGUUCAUUGAAUUCCUUGGAUUUAUCAACUUUAACAUUUGAAGGAAUGCAAGGGCUUCAGGUAUUCUCUCUAACCAUCAAUUACAAAAUAGUGCCAAUAUCAUUUCCUCCAUCAAUCCAAUUGUUGACAAAUGUUCGAACUCUGCGCUUAAAUGGAUUGAAGCUUGGUGACAUUUCUUUCAUAGCAAGCUUAACAAGACUAGAGGUUCUUGACUUGCGACGUUGUUACUUCAACAAACUUCCUAUCGAAAUAAGAAACCUCGAAAGCCUGAAGCUGCUAGAUUUGUCUCAAUGUCAUAUUUUUCAAUAUUACUAUAAUGGAGCAAUAGGAAAAUGUUCACAGCUAGAGGAGUUAUAUGCUUCAAAAUGUUACCCAUAUAAGUAUGUCCAUGAGAUCAUCCUGGAUAUUGGUAUUCUCCAAAAUCUACAAAGGUUUGUACUUGGUUAUCCAAUCACUCCAGGAAGAACUAGAGUUGUAGAACUAACUGAUUUUGAUAUCUCAAGGUUGAGGACAUCCGACAAAAAUAUUCUGCAAAUAGCUGAGACAAUUUCUUUGAAAGGCCAUCGUGGAGGAAGUGCAAAUAUCAUUCCAGAUAUGGUUAGAUUUGUUGGAGGCAUGAAUAAUUUGUCUACUCUUCAUCUUAAUGAUUAUGGCGGGAUAGAUUGCAUCUUUAAUACAACUUGUGAUUUGAAGGAAGAUGAUAUGAUUCCCAGGUUGGUUGAGUUACGCCUUAAAUCUGUAUAUCAAUUGACAGAACUUUAUCAUGGUCCGCCUCUGCAAGUAUUACACUUCUUUGAGAAACUAGAAGUACUUGACAUAGAUAAUUGCCGGAGAUUACACAUCAUAUUUCCAACGCAAUGUAACUUGAGAAAUCUUAAGAUCCUCAGCUUAUCAUAUUGCAAGACCAAUGAAGUACUCUUCUCAGAAUCUAUUGCUCAAAGUUUGCAGCAACUAGAACAGCUAACAAUACAUGGUUGCAGUGAAUUGAAGCAUAUAAUUACUGCAAGUGGAAGCGAACAUGGUGGCUGUAGUACAAGUGAGGAAAUAGUUCCAGCACCAAUGAACUCCCAUUUUUUUUUGACCAAUAUAAGGGAUGUUAACAUUUAUGAUUGUCAAAGAUUAGAGUCGGUAUUUCCUCUUUGUUAUGUUGAAGGAGUUCCACAAUUGCAAAAGAUGCUUAUAUCACAUGCUCCUAAGCUGGAAUAUGUGUUUGGUAAAUGUGAUCACGAACACCUUUCAUCACACCAAAACCUGAACCAUGGCAUGCUUCCUCAUUUAGAAGUUCUAAAACUGGAUUAUCUUGACAAUCUCGUUGGGAUGUGUCCAGAGAAUUAUCAAGCAAAUUGGCCAUCUCAGUCUCUGAGAAUACUAACCAUAGAGAAUUGUCGAAAAAUGGCAAUACCAUGGUUCAAUUUGAAAGCUGGCUAUCAUCAGAGCCAACAUCAUCUGAAUGAAAUUUGGAGUUUCCAAUGCCUUCAGUAUUUAACAAUGGGUAAUUGUGAAGAAUUGAAAUGUUUGUUCUCCAUGGAAACACAUAGAAGCCUACCAGAGUUGAUGUGCCUUCGCGUUUACGAUUGUCAAGAAUUGGAACAAAUUGCGGCACCAAAUGAAGAACUUUUGCAGCUUUCUAAUGCUGCUGAAUUGUAUUUUCCAAAGCUGGAGCAAAUAGAAGUCAAAAACUGCAACAAGCUGAAAAGUGUUUUCCCUUUUUUCAUGGUUACAAUGCUUCCACAAUUAAUCACUCUUCGCUUAUCAAAAGCAACUCAACUUCAAGUGGUUUUUAGACAUGGUCAAGGAGAGGACAUUGUGAAUAAAAUGGAAAUUUCUCUUCCAAACUUGACAGAAGUAACAUUGGUCGAUCUACCAAAUUUUGUAGAUAUCUGCCAUGGUUGUAAGUUACAUGCCAUUGAGCUUCUACAAUUCAACAUAUCCAACUGCCCCAAAAUUGCUCCAGGCUUAACAAAAAUUCAGGAUGAAACUGAAGAAGCGUCAGAAGAUUCUUCUAGCAUAAGUAAUGAUGUGGAAGACUUCAUUUAUUUUGUAUCAAGACAAAAAGCUUAUGAUGAACUCUUUGAGACACUUAAUGAUGACUCCAUCCAUAUGAUAGGAUUGUAUGGAGAGAGUGGAUCUGGAAAAACAACUCUUGUAACUCAAGUUGGCAAGCAGGCUGAGGAUCGGAAAAUGUUUGAUGAGGUUAUAUCAAUCACCGUGUCUCAAACUCCAGAUAUUAGAGCCAUUGGAGGACAACAUUUAUGGAUGAGUUUGAAGGAAAAGAAGCGAAUUCUUAUCAUAGUAGACAGUUUAUGGAAAGAGUUCAAUUUGAAGGAUAUCGGGAUUUACUUGGACGAUUUUAAUAAGGAAGCAUGGAAGAUCAUUGUAAUCACCAGUGAUCAACAUGUAUGCACUUUGAUGAAUUGUCAGAAGGAGAUUUAUUUGGGGAUCUUAUCUGAAGAUGAAUCAUGGAUUUUGUUCCAGAAGCAUGCACAAGUUGACGACCAGUUCUCUGAUUCGAUGGAUGGUGUGCCGCGAAAACUUUGUGAUGAAUGCAAGGGACUGCCAAUAACAAUCAAAACUUUGGCAUCAUCAUUAAAAGGUAAGCAAAACAUUGAGUGGGAGUCGGGAUUAGCUAAGCUGAGAGAUUUAGAGGCAUUGGAGGAUCAUGAAGAAAGAGUGACACAUCCUUUGAAUUGUCUUAAAUUAUGCUAUGAUUAUUUGCCAAGGCCUGAAGUACAACUCUUACAAGUGUGUUCUCUUUAUCCCCAAGAACAUCACAUCCCAACAGAAGAUUUGAUGAGGUGUGCACUUGGACUGGGUAUACAAUCAAACAGGAGCUUGAUUCAAACACUCAUAAACAAACUUUUUGAGUCAAGUAAGCAGAUGCGUGGUUCCGUGAAGAUAAAUGACAUGGUUAGGGACACAACCUUAUGGAUUGCAAAUAGAUCAUAUAACAACAAAAUCUUGGUAAAUGUUGACAUGCCACUUAGCAUUGUGGCAAAUGAUAACCGAGUAAAAGAUUGUUUCGCAGUAUCUUCAUGGUGGUUUAAUGAAAAUCCCUCUUUUUGUCAAUUGGAUGCUCCAAAUCUUAAAAUGUUAUUGGUAAAUAUCAUUGCUCAUAGUUCAUUGAAUUCCUUGGAUUUAUCACCUUUAACAUUUGAAGGAAUACAAGGGCUUGAGGUUUUCUCUCUAACCAUCAAUUACAAAAUAGUACCAAUAUCAUUUCCUCCAUCAAUCCAACUGUUGACAAAUGUUCGAACUCUGCGCUUAAAUGGAUUGAAGCUUGGUGACAUUUCUUUCAUAGCAAGCUUAACAAGUCUAGAGAUUCUUGACUUGCGACGUUGUGAGUUCAAAGAGCUUCCUAUCGAAAUAGGAAACCUUAGAAGCCUGAAGCUGCUAGAUUUGUCAGAAUGUCAUAUUUUUCAGUAUUACUAUAAUGGAGCAAUAGGAAAAUGUUCACAGCUAGAGGAGUUUUAUGCUUCAAAAUGUUACCCUAAGUAUGUCCAUGAGAUCAUCCUGGAUAUUGGUAUUCUCCAAAAUCUACAAAGGUUUGUACUUGGUUAUCCAAUCACUCCAGAAAGAACUAGAGUUGUGCAAGUAAAUGAUUUUGAUAUCUCAAAGUUGAGGACAUCCAACAAAAAUAUUCUGCAAAUAGCUGAGACAAUUUCUUUGAAAGGCCUCCGUGGAGGAAGUGUAAAUAUCAUUCCAGAUAUGGUUGGAUUUGUUGGAGGCAUGAAUAAUUUGUCUACUCUUCAUCUUACUGAUUGUAGUGAGAUAGAAUGCAUCUUUGAUACAACCUGUGAUUUCCAGGAAGAUGAGUUGAUUCCAAGGUUGGUUGAGUUACACCUUAAGUAUAUGUAUCAUUUGACAGAAUUAUGUCAUGGUCCACCUCUGCAAGUACUACAGUUCUUUGAGAAACUAGAACUACUUGACAUACAUGAUUGCAAGGAGUUACGCAUCAUAUUUCCAAGGCAAUGUAACUUGCAAAAUCUUAAGAUCCUCAGGUUAUACCAUUGCAAGACAGAUGAAGUACUCUUCUCAGAAUCUGUUGCUCAAAGUCUGCAGCAACUAGAACAACUAACAAUUAGUGAAUGCUUUAAUUUGAAGCAUUUAAUUGCUUCCGGUGGAUGCAAACAUGGUGGUUAUAAUACAAGUGAGGAAAUAAUUCCAGCUCCAAUGAACUCUCAUUUUUUUAUGACCAAUCUAAGGGAAGUUAAGAUUUCAAGUUGUCAAAGUUUAGAGUCAAUAUUUCCGAUUUUUUAUGUCGAAGGACUUCCACGAUUGAAAAAGAUGGAUAUAUCGCAUGCUCCUGAGCAGAAAUAUGUGUUUGGUGAAUGUAAUCAUGAACGCCCUUCAUCUUACCAAUACCAAAACCAUGUCUUACUUCCUCAAUUGGAAGAUCUGACACUGAGUCAACUUCCCAAUCUCAUUGGGAUGUGUCCAGAGCAUUGUCAUGCUAAGUGGCCUCCUCAGUCUUUGUGGAAACUAAACAUAGAUAAUUGUGAAAGAUUGGUUACACGAUGGUUCACGUUCAACGUUGGCUAUGAUAAAAGAACACAUCAUUUGAAUGAAAACUCACCCGCAAAGCUGAAACAUCUGAAGUUGAGUCAGUGUUUAAAAGUGACCAAAUGUUAUGAACUGAUUUGGAGUUUCCAAUGUCUUCGGCGUUUAAAAGUGACCAAAUGUUAUGAACUGAAAUGUGUAUUCUCCAUGGAAACACAUGGAAGCCUGCCAGAGUUGAUGGAACUUUACGUUUACGAAUGUAAAGAAUUGGAACAAAUUGUUGAAGCAAAUGCUGAAUUGUAUUUUCCAAAGCUAAAACAUAUAGAAGUCAAAAAGUGCAACAAGUUGGAAAGUCUUUUCCCUCUUUCCAUGGUUACAAUGCUUCCACAAUUAAGCACUCUUCGCUUAUCAGAAUCUGUUGCACUUAAAGAGGUUUUUAGACAUAGUCAAAGCCACAACAUUAUGAAUACAAUGGAAAUUGUUCUUCCAAACUUGAAUGUGAUAAGAUUGUCUUCUCUACCGAAUUUUGUAGACAUCUGCCGUGGUUGUAAGUUACAUGCCGAUAAACUUCGAGAAAUCGACGUAUACAAUUGCCCCAAUUCUGCUCCAAGCUUAAAACAAAUUCAGGAUGAAAUUAAGAGAAGAUGAUAUUCCUCUGAAAGAUUAUGAGAGGCAGCCGAGAGGUUCAAAGUGAAUGUGGAUCCCACUUCAAGUGUAAAAGAAAGAAAAAAAAAAGAAAAGACCCGCGGAGUUGUUUCUUUAGUCUUCACGACCCGUGGUUUUUUAUUCUCAUAUCGAGAGUUUUUCAAGUUAAAAUUGAGGUGUUCUUAUUUAUAGUUUUUACAUUUUUUUUAGGCAAAUGCUAAAUAGUGCCCCAGGGGCACUAGUUAAGAAUUCAAUUGUAGAAAGUUUAUCUUGAGUAUUGUGUAAUCAACACAUGAAAAAUCUAAAUUUUGAUUUUUUCAAUGCAUAACUUCUCUUUUAUUUCAGCGUCAAAAAAAAAAA